AUGUCUAUUCACCCUCGAUUCUCAUCUUUUUUCGAAAUAUCUGAAGUUUCUAACUCACUGGAACAUUCAGUAUACCUGAAAAGUACACAAGGAAUGCUUUUUCAAAAUUCUUCAUUUUUAGUUAUUUUAUCAUCUCUUCCAGAUUCUUCAAUAUUAUGUGAUGAGGGAAAAUCAUCUUUUCUUAUGAACUCUUCAACGUCAUUACUUCCGAUAGUAUCUGACCGUGUUUCUUAUUUUUGUGGUUAUAUGACUACUUAUUUAUCCCUAAACGAAAAAGUUCCUUCGUCGUGUCUUAUCUUCAUUAAUAUGAAAAGUCAAAACAUUAUAAAUGAAAUCCUUAGUUCAAUUUCUAAAACUUUGUCUCAUUGCAAAGUAAUUACAGUUAUACGAAUUAAUAAUAAUGAUAUUGUCAUUAAGGACCAAUUCGAAAGACUACCUAGUUGUAUGUCUGAUCACACAAUUAUUCCAGUUCCUUCUCAGUCUCUUUUAGAACUUAUCAAAACGUAUAAAAAUGAAGAAAAAGAAAUUGAAGUUAUUAUUGCUACUGAUGAAGUGAAAUUUCAAACCGAAAUAUUUCCUUUGAUUAGGGAAGGUCAUUCAAUUACAUUAUUGUGUACAGAAGAAGAAGGAAAAAUGCAAAAUGACAUCAACCUUUAUCAUGGAUUAGAUUGUUCUGUUAUUCACCAUGAAUUAAAUGAGUCAUUCUUACAAAAAAUAUUUGAAAGAAUUCGUCAGAAAGAGAAAUUAACAAACAUUAAAUAUAAUGAAAAUGCAAUAGCAAUACAAAACGCACCAAAAAGUUUUGUAAAAACAAGAAAAUCACUUAUGUUUAUGUGUCCUGCUAUGGAAAUCAAUGAAAUCAUGUUAGGAAAUAAAAUACCAGAGAGAAGUCCAAUUAGUUGUGUUGAGGCUGUAUUAUAUUUAUUUCAUCAAAUGAAACAAUGGUCGGUUUGUGUUCCAAAGUUAAAUGCAAAGACAAUGAUUAGAGAAGAAGUUGUAAAACGUAGAUGUAUAAGACAAAAAACAACAGAAACACGGAGAGGAGGAAGGUGUGUUGCAACUCAGUUAACUCGUGGGUGUAGAGACCAAUUAAAAGAACAAGGAGUUUAUAAUAGUUCAUUGUGUGAAAGAACAAAAGAAAUGAGUGAUACUCAAAGAGAAAAGACUAAGGCAAAAACAGCUCCACGAAGAGGAUUAGUUCGAAUGGAUGGGGUGAUAGGAUUAACACGAGAAGAUAAAAUAAAAAAAUUUCAGAAUGUAAUUCAAAAAACACAGUCAGAUGUUCUUGGUCUUGAUUCAAUUAAGUUAGUUGAUGUUAAGGAUCGAAUUGUUAAUGGAUAUUUGAAGAAGUAUCAAGGGAAAUGUAUUCCAAUGAGUUUUAAUGAUGAUGUUCAACGAAUCAUGGAAUCUCAGAAAUGGGAAGAGAUUGGUGAGCUUAAAGAAGGAAAUGUGUUUGUUUCAACUAAUAAAAUAGAUGAGCUUUUAAACAAUGUGGAAAUCAAAGAUUGUGAAAGAAAGGGAGAAAGGAAGGUGUGGUUUUCAAGGAGUUCAAGCAUUGGACCUAAAAAAAGAAUGGAAGAUUUUGAUGUUUUUGUUGAAGAUAUGAAAAUGCUCAGUAAUAAAACUUCAGAAAGUAUUGCAUUUUUUGGAGUAUUUGAUGGACAUUUAGGAACGUCUACUGCUGAUUAUUGUUCAUUUAAAAUAUAUAAUGAAAUAAUUCGGCACAAAGAAUUUCCAAACAAUUUGAAAAGGGUUGUUUGUGAUGCUAUUUAUUCAGUAGAAAAUGGAUUUAAACCACUAGCAGAAAAACUUAGUGCUAAUGCUGGAACAACAGCAGCAAUUGCAUUAAUUACUGAACGAAAUAUUAUAACAGCAAAUGUUGGAGAUACAGAAAUUGUACUAUGCAGAAAAGGAAUGGAACCAGAAGUGUUAUCAACACGACAUAUUCCAAAAGAAGAAAAUGAAAAGAAAAGGAUUGAAGAAGCAGGAGGAAAAGUGUAUAAUAAUAAUGGAUGGAGAGUUGAAGGAUUAUUGGGAGUUUCAAGAAGUAUUGGUGAUGAACCAUUAAAGACAUGUGUUACUUGUGAACCAUCUAUUUUUGAAAAAGAGUUAAAAGGAGAUGAAGAAUUUCUGGUUAUUGCAAGCGAUGGGUUUUGGGAUGUAUUUAGUUAUGAAAAUGCAACAGCCAUUAUUCGUUCUUUUCUUGAAAAAGAACAAUUUGUUAGUGGGGUUGAUGAAGAUGGAAUAUGUUUACCAAAGAAUUUAAAAGAUAUGGCACGGUAUCUUGUUGAUGUAGCAAUCAAAAGAAAGACAUUAGAUAAUGUCACUGUUUCAAUUUGUUUUUUCAAUAAUCAUUGUUGA